UGGCUCCAGGAGACCGGAAGUGCCUACUUUCGGCGGAAAUGCACCACAUUAUUGCGUCCGCCAGCUCUGGACCCUCAGCCAACGCCACGCCCAGGUGGUUUGAACUUUGAGGUUCCUGUAGUUCGGAUGAACAGUUUCGCUUUCCUCAAGUUUAUGACACUUGGGAUUUCAAGAAUUGGGGGUUUAUGCAAUUUGAGACUGGUCAACACUGUGCAGAGUUCAGAGGACGACUAAGAGACAGAGAUUAAAAUGGCUUCCAGAGGAAAGACAGAGACAAGCAAAUUAAAGCAGAAUUUAGAAGAACAGUUGGAUAGACUAAUGCAGCAAUUACAAGAUCUGGAGGAAUGCAGAGAGGAACUUGAUACAGAUGAAUAUGAAGAAACCAAAAAGGAAACUCUGGAGCAACUAAGCGAAUUUAAUGAUUCACUGAAGAAAAUAAUGUCUGGAAAUAUGACUUUGGUAGAUGAACUAAGUGGAAUGCAGCUGGCUAUCCAGGCAGCUAUCAGCCAGGCCUUUAAAACCCCCGAGGUCAUCAGAUUGUUCGCAAAGAAACAGCCAGGUCAGCUUCGGACAAGGUUAGCAGAGAUGGAUAGAGAUCUCAUGGUAGGAAAGCUGGAAAGAGACCUGUACACUCAACAGAAAGUGGAGAUACUAACAGCUCUCAGAAAACUUGGAGAGAAGCUGACUGCAGAUGAUGAGGCCUUCCUGUCAGCAAACGCAGGUGCUAUCCUUAGCCAGUUUGAGAAAGUCUCCACAGACCUUGGCUCUGGAGACAAAGUUCUUGCUUUGGCAAGUUUUGAGGUUGAAAAAACAAAGAAAUGACAUGGUGUGGAAGCUUGGGACAGUGAUCAUAUUCUUGGAAAUGGCGUCUUUCUGCUGGGAAUUUUGAGUCAUUGCAAAGAAAUUGAGAGAUUCUUGAAGUGCACUAAUCACCUAAGAAAAGGUUAUUAAUGAAAAACAUACUUGUGGCUUCUCUUUAUGCCAUUCGUCAUUGUGCUUUGUGUGAUGGUCUAUCUGCUUGAGUGAUCCUAGACUUGUUGGGAUGGAGGGACUCACUGAACCUGAUUCAUUAACGGUUUGUCUGUGUAAGAGAGAGAUCAGAAAACAGUUUCUCUGACUUUUUAUUAAGGCUCCUUGUUUUCAAGUGCUGAUAGUAAAUGAAAAGAUGUGAAGUCAUGGUUCUUUUCUGCUCAUAAUUUAUGCCCACUUAAUGGAGUGAAUAGUGCAGCAACAUUAAUAGACCUCAUAUGUGUUCAUAAAAUUUUAGAGUUCUAAGUGAUCUUAGAAAUCAUUUUCAUUUUACAGACAAGGAAACUGAGGCUCAGAAAGAGCAAGUGACUUGCUUAAAGGCACAUUAGAGACAGUGUUGGGGAUAAGGCUUGGGUGUCCGGACUCUUGGUUUAGUGUCCAUUGAAUUUUAUUUUUUUUACGCUGUGCUGUUCUUUAAAAAUAAUUAACACAUAUUUGUGCAAGCCCAUGUUUAUAAAAAUUCCAUGUACCAACAAAAAGU